AUGGCCAAGCCAAGCCAGCUCGUCGCCAGGCGCAUGGUCCCCAGCAUCAUCACGGCGUGGCACACGGCCACGCCACGCCACCAGAACAACGGCGGCGACGAGGUCGCCGUGGAUCACCCGACCAGCCGCCACUGUGGGACGGACGAGCUGUCUCGGUUCCCUCCUAUAAAACCAACCUCGGCUCUACCCUGCAACCCUAGCGUCCCUCCUUCCUUUUCCCCUAGCGCCGCCACUCCUCUUUUCCUUCUUUCUCCGCACCCGCUCGUUCCCCCGCAAGCAGGCAGCUUGCUGCUCCCACGCGCCUCCGCCCUCGUCGCCCCGCACACGCGAUCAAGCAGCGCCGCGCCGAGCUCAUCCCGGCCUCCUCUGUCCCGGCGCUCGACCACGCCUCAAGCCCGCUCCGUGACCAUCAGCUUCGUCCGCGCCAUCAAGAACACCAGUCGUGUUUCGUCGCCCAUCUCCGGCUAUUUCGGCGCCCAGCUGCAUGUCCCCGUGGCCGCGGGCGUCCACCUCCAACGUGUGCUGCGCGCGGGACUCCAACCCGGCCAGACCGUGCUCAGCCCCAUGUCCAUCUCCGCUUCCAAGCGCUGCCCCGACGUGUCCCUCCGAACUCCAUCUUCCUUCGCUCAUACAAGGCCUGCACCGCGCGUCCGCGACGCCUCCAUGUCCGCCGGCGGGCGGCGCCACCUCCUGUACACGAGCGCAGCACCGCAUGUCUUCUCCGUCCGCCUCCGGUGGCAGCACCUGUUCUCGUCAACGUCCAUCAGGUCGAGGCGCGACCUGCUGCUACUUCAAGUUGCCGCGCGCCCGUUUCCAGUAAAGAUCCUUUGAUCAGCUAGACUGUGACCUCCGGUGACACAUCUACAGCAGAUCCUAGACAGUGCAUGGUCAGCAGCACCCACUCCCGCGUGUCGGCCACUGCAUCUUG